AUGCCUGGCAUAGAAUUACCAGGGGGUGGGGAUGUUGACAGGGGGAGGACGGCUUCUAUAAUCGUCCUGACACAGGUGGCCUUCGCUUUUAUGAUUGUCAUGGCAAGAUUCUAUGCAAGAAUCAUGAUUAAAGGACUUGGGAAAGAUGACUGGGCCAUGCUUGUUACUUUGUGUCUUUUCAUAUCAUACGGCGCUCUCAUGACAUAUGAAUGGAAACUGGGCGGCUUUCGACAUCUAUAUUACCUCCUUCCGGCCCAAGUGAUGCAAGUCGCAAAGAUGAAUUAUAUCAUUCAAGUGAACAUUGUGUUCGCCUUCAUCACCGGGAAAGCUGCAGUUGGCUUUCUAGUUCUCCGCAUCAUGAGUGGGGAUUCAACAGCUUGGCGUCGAUGGCUCGUUUAUGGAGCUAUGGGGCUUACUGCUCUAAUCAACAGCCUGGACUGCAUCUUCACCUACGUACAAUGCAGUCCACCUCGAGCCUUAUGGGACCCAAGCAUUGCACACACUUGCUGGGAUCCCAACGUUCAAUCUCGAUUUGCUAUGUUUACUGCAGCUGAGAACUGUCUUGCGGAUAUUGUGCUCGCGCUUGUACCUGCCAGUGUGAUCAUGAAUCUAAACAUGGAGAUGAAGAAGCGUAUUAAUUUGACCAUCCUUCUAGGUCUUGGACUUAUCGCUGCGAUUUGCUGUAUUGUCAAAACAACAUUCUUGGGCUCACUCAACGCCCAUUCUGAUCUCACCUGGAAAACUUACGAUCUGCUCGUAUGGAGCGGCUCGGAACUCUUUGUCAUCAUCGUUUGCGGCAGUAUCCCACCACUCAAACCAUACUGGGACCGAUGGGUCAGCGGCAAAACUCCCACCGCAUAUGGUAGUGGCCAUGGCAACUGUCACAACAGUCAACUCAGCUCAUUUCGCGCUCGAAGAAAAAAUCGAAUGUCGUAUAUGAAGCACAGUUCUGGGGAUACGGGUAGCUCUUCUGAUCAUGUGUAUCCGCAAAAUAUUCAUGGAGAUAAAUAUAUACAGCGGACGACCGAUAUAGAGAUCCAUAGCGUGAGAGUUCCGUCUGGAGAUUCUAUGGCGUCGAUUUGUUGA